UCUAACUUUCAUCCUGUCCCCGCCCCCCUCCAGCCCAGGUCUCCUCGGCGCUCGGGUCUGUGUGAUCGUGACGUGUCUCACCGAGGAGUUCCUUUAAAAAAAUUUAAAAAAAAGAAGCUAGGUGGCUAAUAUGAAGUUGGCCAUUUUCGUCGCCGAUGAUAUCGAGUGAUUCGGCGAGAAGACACGUCGCAGCGGAACCCCCGCCCCCUCUCGUCGGUACCUUCGGAAGCCAUGAUGCGUCUCGCGCUCGCCGGAGGAGACCGACGGGCUGAUAGAAGCGUGACGCGAGUCUUCUUUCUGCUCGCCGCCGCCGCCUCGUUGUUGUCGGUCGGUGCCGUUCCGGAGGAGCACAACCCGGCGCAGGAGCAGCCCCAACAGGAGAAAGCCUCGAGUCCCCACCCGAUAGGCCCGGUGGUUUCUGAAGAUGUCCCGUCCGGCAAAGGAGAGCUGGGUUUCAUCCACGCCUUCGUGGCCUCCAUCUCCGUCAUCAUCGUCUCGGAGUUGGGGGACAAGACGUUUUUCAUCGCGGCCAUCAUGGCCAUGCGUUACAACCGCCUCACCGUGCUGACGGGCGCCAUGCUGGCUCUGGGACUCAUGACGUGUCUUUCUGUGCUGUUUGGCUAUGCCACCACCAUCAUACCAAGAAUCUACACCUACUACGUGUCCACCGCUCUGUUUGCCAUCUUCGGCGUGCGCAUGCUGAGGGAGGGGCUGAGGAUGAGUCCGGAUGAAGGCCAGGAGGAGCUGGAGGAGGUGCAGGCAGAGAUCAAGAAGAAGGACGAGGAGUUCCAGCGCUCCAAGCUGGCCAACGGGGGUCCGGACGUGGAGGCCGGGUCCGGGACCGCCGCCCCUCAGGGGAAGUGGCACGGCUUCAUCUCGCCCAUCUUCGUCCAGGCGCUCACCCUCACCUUCCUGGCGGAGUGGGGCGACCGCUCGCAGCUGACCACCAUCAUCCUGGCCGCCCGGGAGGAUCCGCUCGGAGUCGCCGUGGGAGGAACGCUCGGCCACUGUUUGUGCACCGGGCUGGCCGUGAUCGGGGGGAGGAUGAUCGCCCAGAAGAUAUCCGUCAGAACCGUCACGAUCAUCGGAGGGAUCGUUUUCCUGGCCUUCGCCUUCUCCGCCCUCUUCAUCAAGCCGGACGCCGGAUUCUAAUUGGCCCAAAAGACUUUCAGGUGUUCUCUGUACAUAAUGUGUAAGCUUUGGUGGCGUUGCUAUAGAGACGUGAGUUGUUUUGACCCCCCUCCCCCCCCCCACCCUCCCCCCACUACAGUCUGUAACUCUAACUGAGGGUUUUCUGGUGGAGGUUGAACACUUUUCUUUCUCCCGUUUUCAUGCAAUAAUGUAGUCCUGCGCAUCAACGCCUCAUCUCACACACUCUGUGGCACAGGAAGCUCUCGAGACGUAGAAACGCUCGGCGAGGAGACGCCGUCGAGUUCCAGCGGUCGGCGAGGAGAGAAAAGCGUCUCUAAAAAGUAUUCGAGUGACGGACGAGCAGAUUGUUCUGGAUCUCUAAACAGGCAGCGAGACACUUUUGAGUCCAUUUAAAAAAAAAAAAAAAAAUGGCUUUUGCCUUCUUUGUUGUUUAUAUUGAAUGUUUUUUUUUGUUGUUUGUUCCAUUUUUCCUCUGGGGGACGUUUUUUUUAUUUUGUCCCGGUGCAUUAAAAAUCACAUAAUAAGGGCCGACUCUACGGAAGAUCGUGAAUUAUUUCUUCCCCCCCCUAUUGUUAGAAAAAAAAAACACUUAAAGGAAUCAACAGCACAUAAUUAACAUGUAUUUUUAAAUAAUAGAAAUUCACCGUAAUACAAUACAUUGUGAAUGUGUUUUUUAGAUAUUGUUUUCUGAGGGGUAAAAUGAAGAGAUGUAACAUAACGGCUUCAGUUCCCACGACAUCAAGGUGAACAUAUUCUAAAUGUGGCGUUCGCUUGAACCGAUAUCGAUUUAUUUAAAAUAAGUCGUGCUGCUUUCUAUUAAGAAGUAGCUCAUAAACAUCUCUCUCUCUUUCCCGUUUCUGAGAUACGAUAUAAAAUGUAGUUUUUAUUUGAGGCCGUUGGAAUAUUUCUUCUUGUUUAAACCCUUCUGUGUCACAUAGGAGCGGUCUCUUUUUUUUUUUUUUUUAUAAUAAAAAAAAAAAAGGAGACCCGAACCACUAGAUUACCUCCCGUGUCCAGGCGUCGCCGUGACAACGCUGGGCUACCGGAGAGUCACGUGUCCUCUGUGAUUGAAGCAACAAUGGGCGAAGAAGUCAGUCCGAGGGCGACGCCUGGACACGGCCUGCGUCUCGCCUUUAUUUACUAUUUAUUCAGCCUCGUUUCCUUUUCUGAAGCUAAUGUACUGUAGAGCCAGAAGGGGGAUGGAAAUCUAUUUUUUAAAAAGGUGAACAGACUAAAGCUGCAUUGUCAAUAUUUGACAGGCUGUGAAAUACUUUGUUUGUGAAACUGCUCGGUUGAAAAUGCCUUUAAAUGGAAAAAAAAGAGAAGCUUAAUAAAAAUGUGUGUUGAGCUGACGGGACGACGAGUGAAUAAACGGUUACAGAAUGUU